AAGUUUCAUUUUCAACAACUUGUGAAAAUACAAAACAAGGACAAAGUUGCAGCUGAGCUCACACUUAAAAAAAAAUCACUUGUUGCGACACAUUUCCGACCGCUCCUGAACGCAUCACAGAGUGCAUUUAUUCCCCCACUGCAGUUUGCCUGAAGGCUGAUAGACAGAGCCAGAGAGGCGAACAGUCAGAACCGUGCAGGCGGACAGUUGGACCGUGCAGGCGGACAGUUGGACCCGGCAGGCGGACAGUUGGACCCGGCAGGCGGACAGUUGGACUCUCGGGUCUCCGCUGGUCAGUGAAGCAGCCGCUCGGAGCUCCGCGUCUCUCGGUGAACAGCUCUCCGUGUGUCCGCCGCUUGUGGCGCCUCAGUCGGCUUCUGAUGACAGUUUGAUCCGCUGAUCCGCCACCAUGAGUCCCAGCUGUUCCCUCCCCGUCCCCCCUCCCCCAGCUCCAUCAUGCCCAUCUUCAAAAACCUCCCAGUGCGCCUGAAAGGCGGCGGUCCGACUCUCGACAACGCUUUGAUCCUGCGCAGGAUGAGCCUCAACAUCAGCCCCCACCAUCACAACCCCUUCGACAACGACGACGACGACGGCAUCCAUGGCAGCGGUGGCCAUGGCAACCACUGGUCGCCCGGCAGCUCGCUGCUGGACGGGGACGGCCCGAGGGACCGCAACCCGUUCGAGGACGAGGAGGACGAGAACGAGGCCAACGAGGGCAAGAAGGGGAACGGAGGUGGAGGAGGAGGUUCAGGGAAGGGAUCGCUGAAGUUCACGUCCCCGUUGAAGACACUCGGGAAGCUGGGAAAGACUCUGAGGAUGUCGGGGAGGAGCAAAGGAAGCGCCACGCCCUCCCCGCAGGGGUCGCUGCAGGGGACGCCUUCACCCUCAACCAAGAAGAAGAGAGGGAGGAGGAGCUCUGAAGGGAGUCUGCUGAGGUUUGCGGGGAAAUACCGCGACAGCCUCAGCUCCCGGAAGGAGUUCAUCACCAACGGCGAGCUGAACUGUACAGAGAGCGAGUGCGACUCCACCAGCCGCCGUCUGUCCUUCAUGAAGAUGGUGGGUCUGGGGAAAAAGAAGGAGUCGAUGGCCGAUCACUCGUCUCAGGGCCCCGAGGAGCAGCCGGUGAAGGAGGAGGUGGUGGAGGAGGUCAAACCCAGAGAGCCGCUGUCAGUCCUGGAAAUCCUGCAGCUGGUGAAGAAGCGGGACCUGGUCCUGGCUGACACACACAUCCUGGAGCUGGAGCAGGAGUGUAACGAGUCCGCCGCCGCAGAACGUGGCGCCGCGCCGCAGCCGGAGGACGCCAGCGCGAGCAUGAAAGAUGGCGGGCGGAGGAAGGCGAAGGACGUGGAGCUGCUGUACGAGGAGCUGCAGAAGGAGCUGUGGGCCGUCGUCAGGGAGUCUCUGCGCUCCCCGACAGCCGGGCCGAACCUAGGCCUGGUGGUUCAGGUGCUGCAGCAUGAGGAGCAGGUCGAUAAGGACUGGGCCCUCAGUGAGACGGUGGUGCCCGGCGGCCCGAGGCCUCGUCGUCUGAAGCAGAGGUGGAAGGAGGCGGUGGAGGUGGCCGCAGACGGCUCUCUGCCUCAGAGAGCAGAGUUCACAGCUGGAGAACUGGAUCGGUACCUGGACCGCCUCCGGGCCCGGGUGGUGGAGGACUUGGGGGCCGCAAAGAGGAACGUGGUGUCCAUUUACCCUGACGAGUACGAGCCCUUCCAGGUGUACGUGCAGAGCUACCACCAGGCGGUUGCUCGGCGACUGCAGGCCAUCACCGACAACCAGCUGGAGAUCACCGACAUCUACUCUCUGCUGGACUGGCUGCACAACAUAUACAACAGAGACGUUCUGGGGACGGUGUGUAUCACGAGUCCGUUCAGCCGCUCUGAGCUCUGUCCUCUGCUGCCGUCAGAGACCGUGGACCGCCUGGAGCUGGACUGUCUCAACUCUGUCCGGGCCAAAGUGACCACGGAGCUGAGUCAAGUCCUGGACGAGGAGGAGAAGAGGUGGAUGGAGUCGCUGCACAUCGAGGAGUACCAGAUUACUCUGGCCAAGACUGUCAUACAGAGGCUGCAGGUGGAUCUGGAGCGGUCGGCCUCCAUCAACAGCAGUCUGGGCUCCAGAGUGGCUCAGUGCAGCCUCAACGGCCUGGCCGACUUCCUCUACAGUUUCCAGCGUAAAGUUGAGAUGUUUCAUGAGGGGAUGCAGAGCGGCAUGUUCGGAGACAAUGAGGACGGAUACGUGUCCAAAACCAUCGCACUGGUCAACUGCUGCCCUCCACUCAGAGGGUUUGUGCAGCGCUGUGCUCAGUGCGACCCGGCGGUCAGUGAGGACUCUCUGCGUCGGGCCAACAAAGCUCUGGAUCACAUCGUGCAGCAGGGAGUCAGAGUGCUGUUUGAACGCCUGUACCUGCAUAUCAGGCCAUUCUUCGAGCGUCUGGUGAAGAGGAAGUGGCUGAAUAACGCUGAGCCGUACGAGCAGAUCGAAGCUCUCAUCAAAGAACAUUUCAAGAAAUACCGCAGGAUGGACAGUCCACCGUACCAGGUGCUGGUGGCUGAGGUCCACCGGCGGGUGGUGAUGGAGUAUCUCCGCUCCGUCAUGAGAGGAAGGAUCAUCUGCACCUCCAUGAAGAUGAGGAAGAGGAUGGCCGGCCGGCUCAGAGACGAAGGCAAACAGAUCAAAGUCCUCUUCAAAGAUCUGGAGUCUCCCUCCAGCUGGUUGGACGGCGCUCUGUCUCACAUCUCAGAGAUCAUCCAGCUGGAGGACGUCCCCUCCAUCCAGAUGGAGGUCGGAGUUCUGGUCCGAGAGUUUCCAGACGUCAGGAAGAAGCACGUGUCGGCCAUUUUGAACAUCCGGGGGAUGACUCGGCAGGCGGAGCGCCAGGAGAUCCUGAACAUCGUCAAAGACAUCGAGAGCAGCGAGGUCGGCGGCGGCGGCGGCGGUUUGGCCCGGCUGUCGCGGGACCGGGCCCUCUUCUCCGAGGUGCCGGUCACCUCCGAGGUCCACUGCCUGAACGUGGGUCUGAGCCGCAUCGCCCUCACGGCCUCGUCCUGCUUUACCACGCUGCGACCACGCCGACGCAAAACCAGAACGCCCGUCCAGGAAAACCCCGACGACGUUCUGUGAGAACCCAAACUGUUUCCUAGACUCAGCACGGUUUUCAGACGGCUGCUGUAAAGGAGUCCAACAGAACCAGUUUUUCUCUCCUGGAGGUUUGAUGUCCAGAGGAGACGAACAUGAGAUCAACUUUUAAUCAUGUGACUCUUUGAUUUCUUCCGUUCAACAUUUAUAUUCUUUCUUUGUGGGAUCCUGGUGAAAUAAUCUGAGCUCAGAGAGGACGGCUGACACAGAGGAGACAGAACCGGUGGUGGACGAGGACAGAGGACGAUGAUGACAGGAAGACAUGAUGGAACUGAGGACAAACUGGACUGAAGAUCAGUUCUUCUGUCAGUCGCUGGGAAGAUGACGGCAGUGUGAAUAAUGACAUUAUGCUCUCGUUCACUCCUCCAUCGUUUCUCUUUGUUCAAACGUUGAUUCAAAAUCAGGAAAUUCUGUCUGAUGUGAAGAUGCACUUUUCAUUUGGGUCAUUUUUUUAUCCUUGGUUAACAGACUUUGACGUUUUGUUUUAAAGAUUUAUUUCGAUUUUAUUUUGAUUCAGACGUGAUUUCACAUCUUCACCUGGGAACAGUAGAACUUUCUGGGUCGAGGCCCGGUCACAUCACACAGACCGAUGCUAACUGCUAAAGCUAACUUUUUAUAUCUCCAUUUGGACCAGAACAGCCAAAAGAAAUCUAAUGUGUCGUCUUCAGAUCUGGCUUAAUAAAAUUACAAAAAAACAAAAAAAUGACCUAAAGGAAGAAAACAAGUUCUUCUGUAUCACAUCCAUACAAACAGAGACAGAUGUGACCGGGCCUCCAGAACCUCAUCAACAAACACAACGUGUGAUCUCAUGAUUUCAUUUCAUAUUUUGUUUCCUGGCGUGAAGUCGCUUCAGUCAGUGUGAUUGGAGCGUUUAGCUGCAUCACGUGUGAUGUCAGAGUGUCCCGACGUUCCUGCAGGAUUUCUGGACUUUUCAGAAUCAUAGAGGAUCAAUAACAGGAAGGACGGACGGAGGCAGAUUCCAUCAAACUCUUUACUCUCUGUGGACCUGCAGCUGGACUUAAACUGGAUUUCUGACUACUCCUCUAAAGUGUGUAACCCGAGGACGACGAGGACGAGGACGAGGAGGAGGAGACGCUUCAUGGUGUUGUUUAAUUGUUGCACAUGAAAAAAAAAGUUUGAAUCAAAGGUACUAGACGAUGAUCUGAGGCUCAUCAUAUUUAACACUGAUUCUCCUGAAGCUCUGGUGUGAUGAGUUCUUUCUUCUUCUCUUCGCUGACUUUUACUGCAGAACGUUUGAUUUUAACAGUUCGGGUGUCUGAACUUCUGUCCCUCUGACAUCAACGGAGACAGACGGAGCAAUGAUUCUCAUAUUUGUGUGAUUUAUGUGUUUUAGCUCAUUAAUUACAAAUAACAUUUAAAUUCUCGCUGAUCAUUUUCAGAAGCAGCACAGGCAGUUACACUCUGAGACCACCGGGGGCAGCGUGAGAAGUCACUCCUCCGUGUGCGUCACUCUCUUUGUUUCUGCUGUAAAUGUGGAUGUAUGGAAUUAAUCUUUGUGUACAGAAAUCAGCUUUUAAUGACAAUAAAACAGAUCAGAUCAGA